UCCGUGCCCGUGUCUGUGUCCGUGUCCGUGCCCGUGCCCGUGCCCGGCGGCGGGCGGUGAGCGGCCAUGCCGCGCAGGGCGGAGAGGUGCCUGCAGAUCGCCCCGCACUCCCUGGCCAUCGUCCUGGACGCCGCGGCCGGGGGGCGGCCGGGGGGCGACGGUGCCGGCGGUGCCGGGGCCGGAGCCCCUGCGGGGCCGGCGGCGGAGCUGGGCCGCCACCGCAUCGGCUACGAGAUCUUCGCGGACUUCAAGCGGGAGAACAUGCAGCACUUCUGGGACCGGCGAGCCACGGCGGCGGUGGCCGAGACCUUCUUCCUGGGCUGGAUCGACGAGCAGGUGCUCCUGGUGCAGGGCAAGGAGGAGCACCUGGAGGUGCUGCGGCAGGGCUGGGCGCGCCGCUCCCUCAAGCCCCCCAGCGGCUUCCACAUCAAGUGCCUGGGUAGGUGCCGCCGGGCCGGGCCGGGGCCCGCGGAGCUGCCCCGGGCACCCGCCGCAGGUACCCGGCGGGGUCCGGGAGCGGGGCGGAAAGCAGGGCCCUCCCCGCCGCGGGGUUUUAGCUCCCAAAAGUGGGUGUGCGCGAAGGGGGUGAGCCGGGAUGGGAGCGGUGGCAUUACGGGGAUGCGGUAAGUGGUGCUCUCCGGGAGAGCUGCCGGCCACGGCUGUGCGGUCGGUUGAGAGGCGCGUUCCCCCGUUCCCAUUAGCGGGCGAGGGUGAAAACAUAAACUGGAAGAGUUGGAAUAUACCCCCUGCAGGAUGAAAUGCCCGCCGGCCUCCUACGGGCCGGCUCCGCCCGCAGCGUGCUCCCGGGGCUGCUUGGCUCGGGAGUUAAAAGUUUUGUUUAGUAUUUCCAGGUGUGCUGAAACAAUAUUUUACUUUAUAUUCGGCUCUACGUGCUAUAUCAAACUUGUAUGCCAGCGUUGCUGUGGAGGUGUCUUUCCCAGCGAGAAGCAGUAGUAGGAGAUAAGUAACGUGAUUUUUUUGAGGUGCAAGGCAAGUGGCUUUUGAGGCUAUAAACGGCUAGUCUGUUAUGCCGUGGUGGGCCGAAGUUUCAAGUUACAGCGUGAUUCCCUAAGGGAAUCCCAUGAGUGUGCAGUGGCCUAGGACAAAGCACACCUCAUCCUGAAUUUUUUCUGGGAAGCGAAAAUAUCCUUGCAUAGAGAGCGAAAAUGUUUCCGCACUUCUUUUGACAUGAAAAAGUAAAAACAACAUGGCCAAAAAAAACCAACCCAACCCCUCCACCACCACCCCCAAACCCUAAGAUAUAAAGCUGUGGCUAUUUGGUGGGUAGAGAGUUGUGAAGAACAGCAGAGCAGAAGUUUUUCUUAAGAUUUAAGGCAACUAAAUAUUCAUCACAGCUUGAAACAUGCAGCUUCUCUCGUAGAGAGAAGGAAAAUUGUGUGAAUUUGGUUUAUUGCUGGCUUAACUACUUCCCGUGGCUGCUGCAGUGAUGGUGAGGCAAACUGUCUUUUCCUUGUGUACAAUUUAUAAAAUCUAUGUCCUAUGCAGCAGGCACCAUGAACAGGUCACAAAGCUAGAGACGCUCUCUCUGUGCUGGCAGUUUCAGACUCUUAAAACACGAUGCAUUUCUUUAAAAAAAAAAAUUAGCUGAGUAAGGCUCCUGAAAAGAAUGGAACAUAAAUAUUCGAGGUUUCCCAGUUUCCUGUGUUUAAUCUGGCUUUCGAAUAUUUUUAGCUGCCUUUGUCCUUUUGAACAAGCAAUGCUAACUCAUAUAAUUUCUAGUUACUGGCAGUCUUGUCUCUUGCAGAGUUGUCAGACACUUGUCUGUCACUCACUAUUUCCCCAUCAGACUUACUUGAGUAUUACCAUUUUUUUCUGAGCUGAGAGGGGAGGUCAAGACAAGUUGCCCUGUUAAAAAUUAACUGAUGGACCUUUUUUCCUCAAAAAAGCAAAUUUUCCUUUGAACCUCAGAUGACAAGACAGUGCUGCAGAGCAGGUGAUAGAAAAGUUUUGGGUGGUCCACCGCUAUCUGGAGAAGAGAAGAAGUCGGGCUGUGGUUAGAGCUACCUGCUCAGCCAAACUCAUCUGGGCUUUUUGGCUGCAGUUGGAUGGAAGAUGAAGAGCUUUUGAAUUGGCAUUGUCACCUGAUGGAGUAUCAGGGUCAGUGUUUGAUUUUUGGGGUGUUGCUGGACCUUGCUCAUUGAGUGCCAUUCCUCGGCCUGCUGCCCAGGAGGGCUGUGGAAAGGUGCAUUCUGACCUUGACUUUACUAAAGCCACCCAAGGAAUGUAAACAGGUCUUUGUGGUCUACCUUAAAAUAUGGAAACAAAACUUUUGCUAGAACUUCAUGUUAAUAAGUAAACUCACUGGUGUGCAAAUAAUAUACAUUCCUUUGGGGGGUUAUCUUUGCUGCAAAUUUACAAAAGACUGGAGCCAGAGUUUCAUUUGGCUUUAAAAAUAGCAAAUGCCUCUCAGCAUUUGAUUAAAGGCUAUGAAAGAAGAGCAAGGACCUGUUGGAGUCUUGCCUGUUGUCUAGUGCCUUAGCUGUGCUAAAUAUGAUAGAAGGAACUGAUUGACUUUUAUUUUUUUUCCGCUGUUUUUUUUUCCACUCCCAGACUGAUAAUUCAGGUCUUGUAUCUAAGUAGAUUCAACUUGCACUUACUGUAAAGUUAAAGAAUUGUCAAAAUAAUGGGCUUGGCCUGUGGGCAUGAGCAUCUGCUUAAAUGCAUGUAAUUGUAUUUUCAGCAUAAUUAGGUAGCUAAUGUGUGAGUGACUGUGACUUAUUGAAGAACUCACUCACACUUUAUUAUCUACUUUGUUUCAUUAAAGCAGCAAACAACACACAGACAAAAAGAAAAAGCUCCAAUGCUUUUUAGCUCUAAAAAAUGUGGUUGGUAUCUUAGGCUGAUAGGAAAACCUGCCUGCUGGGAGUUGCAGAAUAGUAAUAUUUUACUCCUGUUAAUAAAUAACUGGUAGGGUCAAGGGGGGAAAAGUAGCACAGCGAUUUUGAUGAAGGUGACGUUGUUUUCUCUUGCUCUGGUCCAGCUGGUAGUCCCCAUGCUGUGGUGGGAAUAGGGGUUGCCAUGCCUGGACAGUGGUGGGGGGGUGCAUGGGGGGACUGACCAGGGGGUCUUCCUCUGCACCUCAGGGCCAUUAGAAUACCUGGACAAUGCUGUGAUAAGUUGUUGGGCUGGUUCUUGUCUGAUUUCUCAGCUGUCUGUCUCUUUGUAGGCAGGUGGGGGUGCCUCACCUGCCCCUGGCAUCCAGCUGGGAUGGAGUAGCUGGACGACCAGCUGCCUGCCCCAGGGUGGGUGUGGGGGCAGCUCCCAACCUCCUGAUACUGUCUCGCAUGGGGCAAGGGACAGAAAUGUCUCCUCAGCUGCACAACCUCCAUGUAGAGGUAGUUGGACAAUAUUUCCCCUAUAUUAUGUUCAGUGCUAACAUGACCCAGAAAUCACAACUGCAACCUGACUUUCAAAACUCUGCUGAUGUUGCUGGUGGUUUUUUUUCACUGUGGUCCAGAGCCUUGGCUCUGGUAGGUUGUGGUGGCUGUGGAGAUAAUAAUAUCUGGAGGAAAAUAUAGCUGGUGAGGAGGAGGGAAUAUUAGAUCUCUAAUAUGCAUAGCAUGUGUUCUGCUGCUGGAAUUGUAUAAUGUAAACCAGGAGAGACUCACUGCUGAAUAGUCUUCCCACCUUUAAGUCAUCCUGGCUUGAUAAUGAAAAGUUUAUGAAAGUAUAAUUUGUAGUUAGCAGGGAUUGGACAGUCCUAUUGUGCUCAGUGCAGGUGUACCUGAGCCACAAAGUGAAUAGAUUAAAAUCCACAUGAGAUUCUGAAGAUUUGAAUUAUAAAAUUAGACCUUAGAAUUAAAUACAGGAGGAAUAUGAAGCGCAUGAGAAAUUUGCUUAUAGCAUUGACAUCUUAGGGCUGGAGGGUAUGGCGGGUGAAGUGAUUCAUGUGUGACUUUUAAACUUACUCCUCUGGCAGUUUUCUUGAACUAAAUGGUUACGCCAUAAAAGCCUGCUCAGUUACCAGUUUUGCAGUGAUCAAAGUGAUUCGGAUAUUAGGAAAUUGUUGGGUGUAUCGAGGUUUUAAGUUGGCAGAUGGGAAACUUUGGGAAACAUAAGUAGUCUUUGAAUAAACAGAAUCCCCAAACCAGCACUUGCUUAAUAUGUUGAUUUUGGGGGUCAAGGAAGCCUUAUGCAAAUCUAUAGGUCCAGUGAUGCAAUUCAUUGUCUUCGGAAGUUCUCGUGUAACUUUGCAAGACUUUUGCAACUUAAGUCUUUAAUGAGCGUUAGUAUUUUAAUUAGAGUUCUUUUUUUGACACACCUUCUAUUUGCACUCACAAAUAUUUGUCUUCCUGAGAGCCUUUUUUUUUUUUUUUUUAAAAACUUUUCAGCUCUUCUGUGUUAGGUGCUGUUGGUGUAGCAGGAUGGUCCACCUAAUUUUCAUGUCUUCAUCGCCUUUUGUGUUCCCAGAUGAGACUUCCUUCUGUAUCUCUUGCUCUUGAUUUCUGUGUCACGGACAAUGGGCAUCUUUGAGAGGUUUUCAUACACUUCACAGAAGGGCCAUGCCCUUUUGUAAAGAUUGCUUGAAAAGAAAUGACCAAACUUUAUAAUAACCCUUUGGCCAUGCCCAGGGCAAUUUUUCCAAUUAGAAGCUGAAGUUCAGAUGGCGUUUUUAAGAAAUGUAUGUGCAAUAAUUAAACUAACUAGCAGGAGUUAUAAUUCAGCAAAGUCGGCAGGGCUGGGCUGUUGUGCAUUGUUCCUGCUUGGCCAAGCAUAGGGGGGAAACUUUUUUUGCCACGCUGGGAGUUGGAGCUAAGUGCUCCCUUUCUUUUCUCUCCCUGCCAUAUCCUCUCAUGCCACCAAAAAAUUAAAUUAACACCCCACUAGUUUAGGUUUGGUAAUUUUCACAAUCAGUUUUGCAGUCAUUAGUGGAUGAUUAUGGUGAAGUGUAGACUGUUGGACAUUAAAUAUUAUUCAUCUAUAGACACUUAAAAAUAAUGAAUUUCUUUUUUCUCUGCCAGUUAUCUCCUUUAUAUAAUGAACAUUUCUUCUCAGUAUCGGGGCAUUAGGUUUCAUGGUAGUAAAACCUCCAAUGACUUUACCACACAUUCAACUACACCUUUUGUAUGCCUUGUGGUAUUGCCAUGAGAAAUUUAGUGGAUUUAAACAACAAUUUUUUUUCUCCUUCUCUACAACUCCAACAUAGAGCCAGUUAGAGAUCCACUAAGCACUUUUUAUAUCUGUGAGGUGGCUAUUGCAGCUUGAAAAUAAAGGGUAAACUUAAGCUUAUGGCCAGACUGAAGUACUUAUGAAUUUACUCACAACUCUGAGUAAAGAACUUCAUUGCUCACAAGUGUUGGGUUGGGCCUUUAAUGUAAUUUGUAAAAGCAGCUUUCAGAGGCUGGGGAGACAGAGACAAGAGCUAAAUGAGUAUGGACUGCAUAUAAAGUGCCUGAUUUCUCAGUAUGUGGUUUGUGCUUGUGUUGUGGGAAUGAAGUCUUAGAGUCAGAAUUGCUUUCUGCUCUUUAAAGAGAACUGUGAAUGGCCUGCAAGGCUAGUGCUAGUCAUCAAAAAUGUAUUGAGAAAGUAAAAAGAACACAAGGGAAAGAAAGAUAUGGGCUAUUUAGUUUCAUUUUUUUCACACAAAGCAGCUUCUCUUGAACAAGCAAAGUCAAAUACACAGAUCUGUGGUAUUCAUUGUGCAGCUCAAGGGAAGGAUUUAUAAGGUUAAUAGCCAGCUAGUACUGUCUCCCCACCUCCUUCCUCCCCACAAAGAGCACCAUUGUAUAGGAAAGCAUCUUUUCUGGUGGCAGAUAAGUCAUCCAGCCUUGCAAGUUAAGUGCAUGCUCUGUGUGAAAAGCAAUGCUGUAAGGGAACUGUGGUGGCCAAGAGCAGCCCUUGGCCAUGGAGCUUUGACAAAGCAAGAGAUCUCUCACUCUCUCCAUCUGUUUGUGCAUGAGGGUCUGGUCUUUAAUUAAAUGUUCCUCAUUCCUUCCUCAAAGGGCCCUUGUCUUUGCCAGGGAGCAGCACAGUGGGUGUGCACUGAAUGAAGCCCUUGUCAGGUGUUAUUGCCAGCACUUAAGUGGGCUCCUGGGCUGCCAGCAUCAUGUGCCACCAGACCAGUCACUAAAUCACCUUUCCAUCUGUCCCACUCUUUUACAUAGUCAUUUUUGGAUUUAAGAAGACUGAGGUGAAUGAGGUGUCCAGGGGCCAUGCAGUGGAUAACCAUGGAGCAAGUCACAGGCAUCUCCAUCCUGCCCACUAAUUUUUACCGUUUUGUGGCAUGAAAACUCAGUUGUGUUUCCCCUUUUGUCCAUCUUUGUAAUUUACUAAUAAGAGUCAUGUUGUUAAAUGCUUUACUUAUCAAACUGUAAUGAUUUUAAUUGACAAAGUACAGACCUUCUAUGUGUGUUGCCACAGUUUAAAAUUUUGCUUUAAAUGAGUUUUGAUUCAUAGAAUGGCUUGGGCUGGAAGGGACCUUAACAAUAAUCUCUUUCCAACCCCUGUGCUGUGGCCAGGGAACCUUCCAGUAGGCCAGGCUGUUCAGAGCUCCAUACAAUCUGCUUUUAAGUGCUUCCAGGGAUGGGACACCCAUAGCUUCUUUUGACAGCCUGUUGCAGCAGCUCACCACCCUCACAGUAAAGAAUUUUGUCCGAGUAUCUAUGCUAAACCUUCUCUCUUUCAGUUUAAGGCCAUUUCCCUUGUCCUAUCACUGCAUGCCCUUGUGAAAAGUCUAGCUCUCUUCCCGGCCUCCUUUAGGUACUGAAAGGUACUAGAAAGCCUCCCCAGAGUCUUCUCAGUCUGUCUCUGUGAGGCAGGUGCUCCAGCCCCUGAGCCUGGAGAAAUGUGCAUUUAAUGCACAGAGAAAGGUGCUAGGAAGGGUCAACUGUGUCUGAAAAUACUGCUGUCCCUGGGCUCGGCUGGUUUUUAUUUCAGCUCUUUUGUAAAGGCGAUGAUAGCAAAGUUGGCGCUCUCUCACAGCAAUUCUGGUGCUGUUUCCUCAGGCCAUGCUUUUGGAUGGUAAAUCUCUCCUCCUUUCUGCAGGCCAGGAGAAUCACAGCUUGCCCCCAACAGGAUGUGCCAAGGCAUUACCAUAUUCUUGUCUGCAUUUUAGACACUCUUUUGGAGAGUGUAGCAGAAAAGGUGCAACCCAGAUGGACUGGGUGUCCUCCAGAACUCCUGGCAUUAAAAGCUGCCUCCCAAGCAGCAUCACUCCUUCCUUUGGCUAUGGCAAACAUGAUAGGCAGGCUUCUCUUUUCUUUUAGUAGUCAAGGAAAGCCUAAAGUGUUCAGAGAAAAUAAAAACUGCAACCAGAUGGUGGUUUCCUCUGCAGAAACUGAGGCUGUGAAAUGUUAGGAUGGAAGGAACUUCUUAAUAGUUUUUUUGCAAUAACAGAAAUUUAACAGAGUUCUGAAAAAUUAAGCUGUCUCCAAACUUUUUCUUCUUUGUUUUAAAUACAAAAACAUAAAUAUUUUGAUUAUUUUCUAAUGAUGUUGACUUCUGGGAAUGUUAUUGCAGUCUCUGGUUUCUGAUAUUGAAACUGCUCCCUGGGUGGGCCAGAUCUGGAGAGAUUUUUAAGGCUAUUACAUGCUUGGAAUAAAAUCCCUUCACCUAAUAUGUAAACAUGCUUUCUUCUGUCUGCUGUACUUGAUCCCUCUAUUUAUGACUUGGGAUUUCACCUGAGACUCGUGAUGAGAAGUAUCUGAAUGUAAAGAAUGUACAAACACAUAUAUUUUGAUGAAACAAAGUGUUUUCAUGUUGAUAUUUGAGCAGGCCUUCACACCUCCUUUUUAAACUGGGGUCCUGUUCUGAGCUGCAGUAGCAUUUGAGUAUACAUUCAAAGGUAAAUGACUACCCUGAAUCUGAAUAGGGGUUCUUUUAGUUGCAUUUUUCCUCCUGUAACCGAAAAGCAAUGGUGUGAUAUUACUAUCAACACUUGCUAAGCUAUAUUUGAUUUUCUUAUGAAAGCAAGGUAGUGUUCUGUGCACUCAAUUAAUGCACAGAGUAAUGACUUCUCUUUGUGUCUUUUCUGGAGUUGGAUAGAAUUCUAAUCCAUGUAAUAUGGGACUUUGUUGUUGUUCUUGCACAUGAGGACAGGAUGGGGUACCAAAAUAGAGAAGUUGGAGUAAAACACAGCAGCCUUUUAGAUUAACCUUGAAUUCCACCAUCCGAUAAUUAAUAAAGAGACAUGCAGAUGUAUUCAAAGAUUGCUCUUUUAGAAGUGCAGACCAAUUCACUUAACCCCUGGGAAACAACUCCAAAUUUGAUUCUUUAUGGUAUAUUGUGACUGUGUAAAAUGCUUCUACCCAAGUGCUUGGUUUGGGUAUAUUCCAGAAGCUUUAGUUUUAAAGCAGUUUUUGGUGACUCUUAGUGCUUCAGAGGGUACCUAUGCUGGCUCAUGCAUGUCUUUGGAGGAGGAUGAGAAUGCUGAAGGACCCGUUGCUGGCCCCAGUAUGGGGAAUCCCACUGAAAGCAGAAUGGGCUCUUGGAUGAUGGCCCAAUGGCUUUCACAAUCAUGUGGCCAAAACCACAGUGGCCUCCAGGACUGGGCUGGCCAUGAGGCAGGCUGAUUCCUCCUUCUGGUGCCAGCAAAAGGGGAAUAAAGGGGAAUAAAGGUAUGUGCUGGGGCUGGUCUGUGGCUGAGCAAGUGUCUCUUGUUCCCCUCCAUUGGUAGCAGGGCAGAUGCAUUGCUGUGUCCAUCCUCAUCAGUAACUGCAGCUCCAGUAACUCCUGCUUUUCUGCUGCCUUGCAGUUGCAUGUGCUGCAAUGUCUUCUCUCACUGGGUGUUCAGGGGCUCCUGGGAAGGAGUGAAACUGCAAGGAUUGUGUUUUCGCUGCAGCUGUAAAACUUGCAAUGUAUUAUUAGCAUUAGAACAAGCUGGGUGCUGCCAGUGUAUUUGAGAUUUGGCAGCAGAGUCUUAGGUAUUAUUGAGAGGCUGUAAAAUGAGUACUUCUUUUUUAAAAAUGGAUUUAUUCUUUUUCUUUAAAAAGCCCUAUUGCAAGUUUAGCAAAACUUUUAGCUAAAGAA